AUGAGACAUUUAAAGACAACGUCUAUGGGAGAACAGAUGACAAGAAAGGAUCCGCGCGUAUGGAUCAGUUUUAUUGCACUUGUGCUACAAAAUACAAGCCUUGUUCUUAUUCUACGUUAUUCAAGAACAGUAAAAACCGAAAAAUAUCUGUCGUCGACAGCUAUUGUUACUGCGGAAGCUGUCAAAGGACUACUAUCUGUUGUUCUCGUUUGGUGGGAAAAUGGAUGUUCAAUCACUCGAUUUUGUCGAGUUGUUCAAGAAGAAAUUUAUCAGAAACCAUAUGAAACAUCUAAAUUAGCCAUCCCGAGUGGAAUCUAUUCCAUUCAAAAUAAUCUUUUAUUUAUUGCAUUAUCAUAUCUCAAUGCUGCAACAUAUCAAGUCACAUAUCAACUGAAGAUUCUCACCACUGCUUUGUUUUCUGUGUAUAUGGUCAAGAAGAAACUAGACAAACAUCAAUGGUUUUCAUUGUUCAUGCUUGCACUUGGUGUUGCACUUGUGACGUGGCCUACAAGUGAAGAGUCAGCGAAACGUUCAUCAAAUCAAAAUCAAGUCACAUGGCUUCAACAAUCAAUUGGUUUUGGUGCAGUAUUAUUAUCAGCUAUUACGUCCGGUUUCAGCGGAGUUUACUUUGAAAAACUUCUCAAGACAAGUUCGUCGUCCGUAUGGGUGAAAAAUAUUCAGUUAGCAAUUUUUGGUAUCAUCUUUGGAUUGAUCGUUGUAUUUUGUUUUGAUGGAAAAGCUGUGAUGGAGAAAGGCUUUUUUCAAGGAUAUACAAACAUAGUGUGGACAGUCAUUUUUCUUCAAGCAUUUGGUGGUUUGAUUAUUGCCAAUGUAAUUAAAUAUGCUGAUAAUAUUGUCAAAGGUUUUGCGACAUCUCUAUCCAUCGUUUUAUCAUGCAUAAUUUCGUACUUUUUUCUCCAUGACUUCACGCCUUCAUCAUUUUUUUACAUGGGAACAUUGUCUGUGUUAGCAGCUACGGUUCUCUAUGCUUGGGAAAAACCUAAAAUGAUAUUACCAACUACCGAACAAGCAUAUGUUUAG